GAGACCAGCGGGACUAAUUGACAGUUCAGAGUCCGACCAGUUGCACCGACUUUUCUCGGUCUGAAGUUCCUGUUCCUUGUGCUGUAAAGAUGUCCUGGUUUCUUCUGGUUUUGUCGUCUUCAGUCCUGGUCUGCGGGGCUACCGUGUGUCCGUGUGAGAGACCGGAGCUCUGUCAGCAGAUCCGCGAGGAGAGAGACUUUGAGGUGUUUGUGUUUGAUGUGGGUGGAAAGACGUGGAAGUCCUACAACUGGAGCAUGGUGACGACUGUGGCAACGUUUGGAAAAUACGAUGCUGAACUUAUGUGUUACGCUCACUCCAAAGGAGCUCGAGUUGUACUCAAAGGGGACGUUCCCCUCUCCUACAUUGUGGACCAAGAAAACAGGACAGCGUGGAUAACAGAGAAGGUCAACUUGGCCAAGGGCCAGUUUAUGGAUGGGAUCAACAUCGACAUCGAACAAGCAGUGGAGGAGGGCUCGCCAGAGUACCAUGCUUUGACAAACCUGGUCAAAGAGACCACUGAGGCCUUCCACAGGGAGAUCCCAGGUUCUCAGGUCUCAUUUGACGUCGCCUGGUCACCAAAAUGUAUCGACAAGCGCUGCUAUGAUUAUGUUACCAUUGCCGAAUCCUGUGACCUGCUGUUUGUGAUGUCCUAUGAUGAACAGAGCCAGAUCAUGGGGGACUGUAUUGCAAUGGCCAAUGCUCCACUCGCUCAAACACUGAAUGCCUAUGAGCAGUAUGUGAAUCUGAAGAUAGAUCCGAAGAAGCUAGUGAUGGGAUUGCCAUGGUACGGCUAUGACUACCCAUGCCUCAACCUUUCCCAGGAGGGAAUAUGUUUUAUUGCCAAAGUUCCCUUCCGUGGCGCCCCCUGCAGCGAUGCAGCUGGAAGACAGAAGACAUACAAGUGGAUCAUGACGCAGGUCAACACCUCACUGUCCGGCAGGCUCUGGGACGACGAGCAGCAGGCUCCUUACUUCAAUUACAAGGACCAGAAAGGACAGAUUCAUCAGGUUUGGUAUGACGACCCACAAAGUAUUUGUCCCAAGGCGGACUAUGUGAGAUCUAAAGGUUUGAGGGGCAUUGGCAUGUGGAACGGCAACAUCUUGGAUUACAGCGAUGAACCGGUCGCCAGGCAGCAGACCGCAAUGAUGUGGAAUGCACUCUUAGGAUGCUAGCUGGGAUAAGGUUAACACUGCUGCAGAAAUUUACAUCACCCCUGAGCCCGUUGCUAAGUCAAUAUACCUCUUUGUAACAGUACUGGGGUGUGACUUCCCUCUGAAUUCAGGGAUGCAUACUUGCACUUCAGAGUUUAUUGUGGCUUUUAUUGCUGUUGUGGUUGAAUGUAGUAACGUCGUCAGACAUUCCUCUGUGUCAACUGAAAUAACUGUGCUUCUACAACCAAUCUUUAUAAUGCGACGUACACAAGCAGUACGUCUGAUUGACCAAUACUGAGCUUACUGAGAUCUGUGCACUUUAUAUUUUUCAUAAAUAAAACUUUUCUGAUGAUUCUGUAAAUGAUUGGAAUUACGUACAUUCACCAUUUUAGGUGUAGAGUUCUUCUUUAAGUAACUAGCUUACAGCACCUGAGAAAUUUGAGACUUAGUAAAAGAAAAAGUCAUGUAGAAAGUGGAGCUGCACAAAAUCAUUUUUUUUUUAUGUUACUCUCCCUAAACAUACGACACAUACAUGUAACAAAGUCCAUCUGUCUCACAGCUCUGUAUGUACAGGUACUGAGUUAGAUGGAGGUGCUUUGAACUUGGGGUCUGUCAUGUGUGGUAUUGCCAAAGCCUGAAGAGACUGUGGGACCAGGAUGAGAGGACUGGCUCUUCUUCUGGGCCAGCUCAGCCUUCAGGGCCCUCAGUUCUGUGG